UAUGAGUGGAUAAUCCCUGCGUAGGCACUGCAACUGGUAGCGUUUAUAGUAAUUUUCGGUUAAAAUUGGUAAAUGACUCUGGUUCGUGGUGUACGAACAUCGGCGAACAUUUAAGUACAUCCUAAACAGCUGGUGGGUAAAGAGACGUGUGCGGGGCUCACGUUUGAGUGAUGGCAUAACAAAAAAUAUCGGCACAAAGCAACCCUGCACCUAUAAAUGGAAUAUUUGGAUCCCACGGUUACAGUAGCUAGCUGAGUUCAACGCAAGACGGAUUAGGAGCUCACAAAGAUGAUACGCUUUCUUUCUUGCAUCCUCCUCUGCUGUUCGUUAGCAAGCGGGCAGACACUUUCCUCCCCUCUACCUCUCGGAGCCACCCCCGUGCCCUACGUGCCUCCAGGUCUAACCCCAAUACCACCGGUGGCCCCAACUAUCUUCCCCUUCGGCCCUACUCCACGAGUUCCAAGACCCUUGGUCCCUGGAGUCGCUGGAUACAACAACCCGUAUUACAACCCAGCUGCGGGGCCAGCUGUGCCUAUUCUGACAUAUAGCAACGAUCAUGGCGCUGAUGGCAGCUAUUCUUACAGUUUUUCCACAGCUGAUGGAAAGCAAGUUCAAGAAACAGGGUACCUGAAAGACGCUUACAUCGACAACGCAGGGGAACCCCAGGGAACGCAGGUAGUGCAAGGCAGCUACGCCUACGUCGCGCCGGACGGCACGCCGAUUCAAGUUAGCUACAUCGCCGAUGAAAAUGGAUUCAGACCUUCAGGAGUUCACAUCCCCGCCGAUGGAAAAGGCGUAUUACCUGCACCCGUGCUAGACAAGGACGGCAAACCAAUCAUCGCCAUCGACCGAGCUUUCAACAAUCCCUAUAGCCCGUUCAACCGCUUUGACGGCCGCUACAGCGGCUAUAAUGGGUACAACGGGUACAGCAGAUUGAACAGACCCUAUGACCCGAGGUACCCGUAUGAUGCCCGGUACCCCCAGGACCCUCGUAAACCCUACGAUUCCAGAUCCCCUUAUGAUCCCAGCUUUGUCAUCAGACUUGCAACCUGCAGCCAACAUACAUACAACAUGAUGCGCUUUGUGAUCCUCGUCUUGGCUGUGGCCGCAGCCAGCGCUGACGUCAGCAGUUUCCAGACCUACCAAGAUCCUCAAUACACGACGCCCAUCCCUAUCAUCAGACAGGAACAGGUCAUCAACCCCGACGGCUCGUACAAAUGGAGUUACGAGACCGGCAACGCAAUCGCGGCUGAAGAGCAGGGCUAUGUGAAGAACCUGGGCGUACCAGACCAGGAGGCCCAGACAGCGCAAGGACAAUACCAGUACACCGCUCCUGAUGGCCAGGUUAUCCAGGUAACCUACAUCGCGGACGAAAAUGGCUUCCAACCCCAAGGGGCGCAUCUCCCGACCCCUCCCCCGAUCCCAGCUGACAUCCAGAAGGCUCUGGAUUACCUCGCCACGCUGCCGCCUCCGACCCCUGACAACAGGAACUACAGAACUCAAUAGGACG